AUGUCAUAUAACAAGGUUCGACCUUAUUCCCUACCCACCACUCUGGGCUUCUGGAUCGGGGGAGAGGACUGUUGUCCCCAGGGGCGAUUCCAGGGGAUGAUCAAGUCAGUGAAGAUUUGGAAGAGAGCUUUACAGUACCAGGAAAUCAACAGAAGUAUGAGGUUACAGGACACACAACAUUCUACAGUGGAGGCCAUGACUGGAGGAUUGGUAGGUCACUAUGAACUUGGGGAGGACAUAAAGCCCUACUGUUUAGGAGUGGACCAUGGAGGAGGGGACUGGACCCCACAGGAUCAGGAAUCUAUCUCAGGUAAAUACAGGUAA